UAAGCAGGAGGCAGGGUUGGGUUCCUGAGCCCCUCACUUCCCCCAUUCCUGGAGAGGGGGCGGGGUGGACAUUUGAAAAUGCUUUCAAUUGACAUCUGAGACAAAUUCUUCUACAAGGUUUAUAAGUCCCUAGACUUGCAGCUAGAACUUCCCUCCUCCCUCCAGGCACGCACACAUCCACACAUGCGCACUUGCACACCGCUCACAUGCGCCUGGGCACACACACCCCACAUCCCCAGGUCCCCACCCUGCAGUGCUUGCACAGGCCUCUCCUCCAGCAAGAGAGGGGCACAGGCGGGGCUGGGUGGGGCGUGGGCUGGCAAGGAAGUGAACCCUCCACCUUGGUCGGGGUCCUGGCCUGGGCUUAGGGCCUGCCAGCUUAUAGAGGCCUUGAUCCUUUCUGGAAGCCCUGUUCUGUCCAGGAGGAUGUUCCCCAGCUACAAGGUAAAAGUCACAGGCAUGAACCCCAAGACCAAGUACAUCCUGCUGAUUGACAUUGUCCCUGCCGAUGACCAUCGCUACAAGUUCUGUGACAACAAAUGGAUGGUGGCAGGGAAGGCUGAGCCGGCCAUGCCAGGAAGGCUGUAUGUCCACCCGGAUUCUCCUGCCACAGGGGCCCACUGGAUGCGGCAGCUGGUCUCCUUCCAGAAGCUGAAGCUGACAAAUAACCACCUGGACCCCUUUGGCCAUAUCAUCCUCAACUCUAUGCACAAGUACCAGCCGCGGCUCCACAUCGUUAAGGCUGAUGAGAACAAUGCUUUCGGCUCCAAAAACACUGCUUUCUGCACCCACGUGUUCCCAGAGACCUCCUUCAUCUCUGUGACCUCCUACCAGAAUCACAAGAUCACCCAGCUGAAAAUUGAGAACAACCCUUUUGCCAAGGGAUUCCGGGGCAGUGAUGACAGUGACCUGCGUGUGGCCCGACUGCAGAGCAAAGAAUACCCUGUGAUUUCCAAAAGCAUCAUGAGGCAGAGGCUCAUCUCCCCCCAGCUGUCGGCCACACCGGACGUGGGCCCCCUGCUCAGCACCCACCAGGCACUCCAGCACUACCAGCACGAGAACGGGGCACACUCGCAGCUCACGGAGCCUCAGGACCUGCCCCUCAGCACCUUUCCCACCCAGAGGGACUCAAGCCUCUUCUAUCACUGCCUGAAAAGACGAGAUGGUGCCCGCCACCUGGACUUACCUUGCAAGCGAUCCUAUCUGGAAGCCCCCUCUUCGGUGGGGGAGGAUCACUAUUUCCGUUCCCCCCCUCCCUACGACCAGCAAAUGCUGAGCCCCUCCUACUGCAGUGAGGUGACCCCCAGAGAAGCAUGUAUGUACUCAGGUUCAGGGCCCGAGAUUGCCGGGGUGUCUGGGGUGGACGACCUGCCCCCACCUCCGCUGAGCUGUAACAUGUGGACUUCAGUGUCGCCGUACACCAGCUAUAGCGUGCAGACGAUGGAGACUGUGCCAUACCAGCCCUUCCCCACGCACUUCACCGCCACCACCAUGAUGCCGCGGCUGCCCACCCUCUCCGCUCAGAGCUCCCAGCCACCAGGAAAUGCCCACUUCAGUGUCUACAAUCAGCUCUCCCAGUCUCAGGUCCGAGAGCGGGGGCCCAGCGCCUCAUUCCCAAGAGAGCGUGGCCUCCCCCCGGGGUGUGAGAGGAAGCCACCCUCGCCACAUCUAAAUGCUGCCAAUGAGUUUCUCUACUCUCAAACCUUCUCCUUGUCCCGAGAAUCUUCCUUACAGUACCAUUCAGGAAUGGGGACUGUGGAGAACUGGACUGACGGAUGACUCUCACGUCUCCUCCGCAGCCCCGGGACUGUGUUGCUCCAGUAUUAACCUCUGUGGGUGGCCUGCACUCUACCAAGAAACACAGGAAGGUAUUCCAGAGUGUGUGUGUGUGUGUGUGUGUAUGUGUGUGUGUGCACGCGAGCAUGUAUGUAUUUGGAGAGCAUCCAUCUUCUGACAUACAACUGAGGUCAUGACAAGGAAAAAAAAAACACCACAUUUAUCUAGGAAGUGAUUUUGGCUGCAGGACCUGGGUCUAUUGUUAUCUGACAUCUCUUGACAUGCCCAUGGGUGGGAUGGGAGUGGAGGGUUCAUAUGAGUUAUUGAGAGGGUUUUAUAAUGGUUGAUUUACUCAGGGGCCAGGUGGGGAGGUCUCUCCCAUGGGGAAAGAUUCUCACUGCUGGGGCGGGAAGAUUCUCACUGCUGGGGCGGGAAGAUUCUCACUGCUGGGGCGGGAAGAUUCUCGCUGCUGGGGUGUGAGGGCUCUGUGCACACCUUAGAGUUCCUGGCUUUCUCUUUGCAAGGGGAGCUGAGAAUCUGGUUUUGGUAGCAGGAGGCCCACUCCUUUGACUUCUGGAGAGUCUGUGAGACUGCCUGAGAGGUGGGCUCAGCUAAGCCACAACGUGUACUUUGAUAGUACAGCUGGCUGCUCAGUGAGUGGCCUAGACAUUGAUGACUGGAGCUCUGAGGUCUGAGGGAUGACGUUCGGAAAGGGUCAUGUGCUAAAUGUCACCUGAGGGGUAUUUUUAAAGGGUUUUCUUUUCCUUCAAGAGGAGGGAAAAUGCAACCAGUAGCAUCUCUGUCAUCAUUCAGAUUUUGUAAUAAAGUACAGAGCCCUUCCCCCUAGGUCCCCAACAUACAGUUUCUCACUCUGGUGUGUGGAGAGUCGGCCUCCCAGGCACCAUACCAUCUGCAUCCUAUGACGGGCAAUUAUGAAACACGCCUCAGCUGGCAUCAUCCCCAGGAGGCCACGAUGGAGCCGAUGUCUGGCAUCUCCAGGGCCUGUUCUGCUCUCAGAAAAUCUACGCUUCUGGAGCGAGAAAGCCCAACAGAAAUAAAGAUAAUUGAAAAACAAAUUUGUUUCUUCCAGUAAAUUCAGCCGGUGAGCUCAGAGGAGCAAAGAGAAUUCUCCAGUGUGGCGCUCACAAAGUCCUCAGCCCUGCGUUUUAGCAUUGAACACCACCAGGCCAUCAGUGUGGCUGGGGUGAACUCUCCAUCAAACUUGGGAAAUCACUAAACUCUUUGCAUGCUGAAUAGCUAUUUAUAUAUUAUAUAAAUAAAUAAAUAUAUAUUUUAUAUAUAUAUCUCUCUCACAAAUGCAGGCCACAUGUCAAAUUCAGCUUUGCUUUCUACAAAUGAAUGAACUUAAUAAAAAUAAACUUUGGAGGGGGUAUUUGGAAAGACGUCUAUUUAAAUUUUUAUUACAUGUUUGAUAUUAAAAACUAAGAAUGGUUUAGAUAAAACAUAUAAAUAAAUAUAUAUAUAUAA